AUGUUUCUAUAUGAGAAGGCAUCUGCGUUAGGGGGGCUCAGAAUGAUGGGUUGGUUCUCUUGCCUGUUUUUUGUGGGAGGUUGGUUAAGGUUUGGGUUUCAAUAUAAGCACAUAUUGAGAGGACUCUUAUGCAUAGAGGUGUCUCUGGUGGGUGUUCUGGGAGGUAUGAUGGCUAUGGGUCCUUUGGGGUGCAAUUACACGUUUUUCUAUAUUUUGGGGUUGGGGGUUUGUGAGUCGGCUCUGGGCCUUUCCUUAUUAGUAGUAUUUGCUCGUAGAUAUGGAAAUGACUUAUUUAAGGCCUUGGAUUGUCAGGGGUGUUAA